AUGCCCUCAUGGCUACCCUCCAUCGCGUAUCCGCCGGCGAGGGAGGACGGAUACUGGACUCCGCAUACUUCCACUAUCGACUGGUGUGAAGAGAACUACUAUGCAACAAAAUACUCAGCCGAGAUCGUCAACUCCAUCACGAACCUGCUCUUCGUUUGGCUCGCAGUGGUCGGUAUGCGAAGUUGCGCUCUCCAUGGACACGACAAGAUAUUCUUCGUCACGUUCGCAGGAUAUCUUCUCACCGGCCUCGGGAGCUUCGCGUUUCACUCGACACUGAAGUAUCCAAUGCAAUUGGUAGAUGAGCUCUCGAUGAUCUACACGACAUGUUUAAUGACAUGGGCAUCACUCGCACAUCGACGCUCCGGCACAUUUCAGGUCGUCCUCGGCGUCCUGGUCUUCGCACUCGCUCUAUUUAUAACGUUGUACUACCACUACCUGCAAGAUCCCUCUUUCCACCAGAAUGCCUACGCGAUUCUGACAGCGUUCGUACUGAUUCGGUCCAUGUGGAUCAUGGAAAUGAACAUACGACCGUAUUUCCGCAACAGACACGCCCUGCGCAUGCCACCCGGAAAUACCGCGGGCACAGAACAUGAUCGAGCUGAGCAGAAGAGGCAGGAUGACCGAGACCGCUGGAUCUUGGGUCAAAUGUGGUUCUUGAUCAUAAUGGGUAUUCUGAUUUUCCUCGGCGGAUUUGGCAUCUGGACGCUGGACAACGAGUAUUGCUUGAAGGUCCGGCGGUGGAGACAUGAUAUCGGACUACCUUGGGGCGUGCUACUCGAAGGGCACGGGUGGUGGCAUCUCAUGACAGGUUUGGGUGCAUACUUCUACAUUGUUUGGGGAGUGUGGUUACGGCAUUGUCUCGAAGGUCGGCAGGACGAAUAUGAGCUGUCAUGGCCGAGCAAAUUGACGUCCAUACCACGUAUCGUUCGGGCACGCACAACUUCCAAUGGCUUCACCAAGAAGAGUAGCUAA